CAAGUAGUAAAGACAACCUCAAGUCAAUCUUGCUCGAUUUUGUUAUAAGUGAACGCACUUAGUGCUGUUUUUCUUUUUCUUUUAUUAUUUAUUGUACGUUAAAUUAGGUUAAAACAAUAAAAUCUAGGCGAGAUGUGUCAUUGAGCGGAAGUAUUGAAAAUUUAGUUUUCCAGCGUUUUGUUUUGUCAACGUUAAAAAGACAAACAUCGUAUGUUGGCAGGGUAUCAACGAUCGUUUCAUUAUCGGCCAAAUAAAUGCAAAUGUACCUUAACUACAUCACUAGUUUCUUAUUUAUACUUAUUUAUUCAGUUGAAUGUCUAUACGUGAAAAUUGAAUGCAAUGGCCCCAUUGUGGUAGGAGGGACUAUCACUUUUAUAGCUCAACUGUAUGACGAUAGUGGGUUUGACAGUGAAUAUGAGUUCGACUGGAGAGAUAAUGCAGUAAUGCAUUCUCAUGAAGCUAGUUUAGUAGGUCGCAGUCAUUCAAUAUGGAAUGUAACAUACGACAAAGAUAAAUAUGCUCCUGGAGAAUAUGAAGUUACAGUUGUUGUUAAGAAAAAAAUACUUAUACCAUGGCGUAGAACCAGUGCACGAAUAUCGUUCAACUUAACAUCUUAUAUGAAUGGGCAUAUAGAUGUAACACAAGGGAAUGUGUUACUAAAAGGAGACAAUAUCAACAUUAAGACUGAAGUAGAGCAUCAAGUCACCUUGAACGAAGCAGAUGAGAAAUUAUUAAUUCCUAAUCAGACUAUCAUAAACACAUAUUGGUUUAGCGAUUGUAAAUAUAUGGGAGUACAAAAUGGGCUCACAUUUUCUUAUAAUUAUACCAAAGAUGAUGCCGAUAGGCCCAUCGAGAUUGAGACAUGGCUGAUCGUUGGGCCUGAGAGCAAUUCGACAAACGCAAGCACAACAUUAUUUAACAGAUCGACAAACGAAAUUGAAAAUGUUACCAUAACAAAUUUAACGACAACUACAGUCCCGUCUGUUAAAGCAUUAAAAGAUUGCAAGGAUGAUUCCAUUCUCAUCAUGGAUCCUAAAAAAUAUUAUGGAAAAUUCAAGAGAAACAUCAUUCCAACAUGGCCUGUGAGUAUUGGAAAUGUAGAAGGUUCAACAUGGUUAAAAAAUGGUGAAUUGCUCGAGUUGAAUGUAACAUGUUCUGGUUCGAGCCCCUUCUACCAUUGUGUACGUUUUAUCAAAGGAGAAUACAAUAGUACAGGCAAUGAAACUUGUGCUAAUGCUAGGCAGACACAGUCAUGUAAAAUUGCUGUAACACGCCUCUUAUCAGCCGGUUCACGCUACACAGUUUUGUUUAUUAUUGGAAACAAAGUAUCUAACGCUGUAAAACCAGUCGGAGUCAAUAUGUAUUACGAGCCGAAACAUCCCCAGCUUUCUGUUAUAAUUGUGCCAGUUACAUGCACUUCUAUUGCAGUCGUAUUGAUAAUAUUUGGCUUCGCCUAUUACAUCCAAAGUAAAAACAGGCACACAAUCGAAAUUGCAGACUUUGAUUUUGCCAGAAGGAACGAUUCUGAGUAUAUGACGUUUAAAGAAAGGCUUCGAGAUGCUAUCGGAUCAGCCUUUACACGGGUACACGAAGAGUACUCGGAGGAAGGACCAAUCGGGAAUGUUUGGUCCCCUACAAGAAAAAAUCAUCCGCGUCAAGGUCUAUUGUCUGAAUCUGAUUCUGAGACACUCGACACCUGAGUUACCUCCGUAUCAUAAAAACACCUUAAAACUUAACAAAUUGAAUCUUUUUAUUUUAUUUUAUUAUAUUUUUUACUUUUUUUUAUUUUAUUUUUUUUUAAUUUAGUUUUUGUAUUAUAUAAAUGUAAAUUUUCAAUAUUUCCCAAGACAAUAAUAUGCCCACUAAUGGUAUCGCUCAUUUUGUGUCCUCCAUUUCAUGACUUUACUUGCAUGCUUCAUUGCUUAAAGUUUUUAGAUUGUUUUAUAUUAUAUAAAAGAUAUAUACAUAUAAAUUUCCAAGUCAUGUAGAUAGUGAAAUUAUAUAUUGUUUGUUAUUAUUUUAAUAUUGUUAGCUAGCAUAAAUUAAUUAUUAGAUUAAGUGUGAUGUAAGAUGUAUUUUGUUUUGUUUUUGUUUGUUUUUUUAUUAACCUGCGUAUUCAGUGUUAUAUGAUAUAAAAAUUCUGUGAUUCAUACUUAAGAAUUUUAAUGUGUAAAUUUUUUGUUUUAUGCUGUACAUAUUUACAUCCAAACCCAGAUAUUAUGUAUAUGAUGAGAGAGAGAGAGAGAGAGAGUAAGAGUAAGAGAGUAUUUAAAACAAAAAAAUAUGUAUGUAUAAAAUA